UCGUAAACAAUUCAUUGAUUACUUAUGUCUACAAGUAUAUAAAUGUUUUCCUCAGUCAUUGUGAACUUAAUGGCCAGACAGUACUUGUCGAGUUCAGUGUUUCAAAACCGCUGCGAUAAACAUUUAAAAUGUCUCUAGAUGAGUUGGCAGUUAAAAAUUUCCAAAAAUACAUACAGAUUCCUACAUUAUCACAAACUACUGAUUAUGUGGACUGUGUGGAAUUUCUCCGUGGGCAAGCCCAAUCCCUAAAUUUAUCUUUUGAAGUAAUCCAACUAAAACCCAAGCGACCAGUAGUAAUGAUGAAAUGGAUUGGUUUACAACCUGAUUUGCCUUGUAUCUUCCUCAAUAGUCACAUGGAUGUAGUGCCUGUUGAAGAAGAGCAAUGGACCUACCCACCCUUUGAUGCCCACAUUGACGAAGAAGGGCGGAUCUUCGGCAGGGGUACCCAAGACAUGAAAAUUGUAGGAAUACAAUAUCUAGAAGCCAUUAGGCGUUUGCAACUAGAUGGAAUCAGACUCGCUCGUACUUUAGUAGUAACCUUUGUACCAGAUGAAGAAAUUGGUGGUCAGGAAGGCAUGAAACUCUUCGUGCAAACACCCGAAUUCAAAUCUCUUAAUAUUGCUUUCGGUCUGGAUGAAGGUUGCGGUAGUUCCAACCCGAAACUACUGUAUUUAUUCUAUGGCGAGAAACAUAAAUGGUCUCUGAGGUUUCACGUAACAGGAAGCGUUGGUCAUGGUAGUCUUAAUAUGGAAAACACUGCCGGAGAAAAACUAGCUAGAUUAUUGCGAAGUUUAUAUGAUUUUCGUACAGAGGAAAUGGAAAAGUCCCAAGCUCCAUAUCACACUGAUGUGACGUCUUUAAAUGUAACCAAGAUAGAAGGAGGUCAACAGGAUAACGUCAUACCAUCAGAGUUUCAAGUGACCACUGAUAUCAGACUACCUCCCAAUGUUAAUCUGGAGGCUUGGAAUGAAAUUGUGCAGAAUUGGUGUAGUAAGGCAGGUGAUGGUGUAUGGGCUGAGCAAUUAGUAUGUGAGAUUAUAGAUAAACCUACUGAUAUCAACAAGACGCCAUUUUAUCAAGUAUUGGUUGAUACUUUGAAGCAAAUGGAUAUUACAGCAGUUCCUAUUAUAUCAAUGGCCGUUUCGGAUUCAAGGUUCAUCCGAAAUUUAAACAUACCUAUUUUGGGAUUUUCACCGUUAACUUGUGAAAUGCUCAUACAUCAGCAUAAUGAGUAUGUUGAUAAAGCCGAGUUUUUAGCGGGUAUCACUUUCUAUAUUGCGAUAUUCAAAGCAAUAGGAAACAAAGUAUAAUAAAUAAACAUAUGGUUAUGUAAACCCAGCGAAACAUUAGUGAUAAGCGGUGAAAAUGAAACAAGUUAAUCCUCUUUUAUCACUCUGACGUCAUCACCGCGCGUUUUGCAGGCGCUCGUAGUUUUGGUAUAAAUAAAUCACAAGACUAACAUAACACCAACAGAGUGUUAGUUGGAACAAAUUAUAUAUAGUGUAUUUUUACACGUGUUCCAUUUCCUAAAUGUCAGUUUUAACAAAUAAUUUUUAUAAUUUUUUUAUUAAAUAAGAAAUAUUGAUUAUGUUUUUAAUUGCAUCAAUAAAUAUUUUUGUAUUUAGAAUUCUCUUUGAACAUAUUAUAUGUGAGAAUAAACAGCAGAACAUUUUUAUAUCCGCA